CACGACACUACAAACGUCAACUCAAAUUUAAAUAAAUGUCACUCUAUGGGGUAGUUUUGCGAAACUUUCUAACGAAAAGUAAAUUAAAUAUUUACAAUAGACUUAGAAUACUAAUAAUGCCUUUUUACGCAGUGGCUAAAGGCCGCACCACAGGCAUAUUUAUGACUUGGCCUGAUUGUGAAACACAAGUAAAAGGUUUUCCAGGAGCGAGGUAUAAGAAAUUCGAUUCGGUUGUUAGUGCACAGGAUUUCAUCACCUCUGAAGGUGGUCAAACUGCCAAAACGAAACCAAAACAAACAAAUAAUCAUACAAAAUCCUUUGCCAGCGCUUCGAAUAACCUAAAAAGGUCCUCUACGUCAAAUAACAGUGUAAGCAAAAGUGUUCCAGACAAAAUAAAAAAUAAAUUAAAUGUAAGUAGUCCUGGCUAUGUUAAGGAAAGCAAUGAGUCAGAUGACGAUUAUUCCGACGGUUCCGACGACUUAAAUACUAUAUUAUCAAAGCAAAUGGAUGAUAUAGAGCAGAGACUGAAAACAUUUGAGAAAGGAGUUGAUAAAAUUAUAAAAAAAGGUGCUAAGAAAACUAUUUUAAUAGAGCCACCGCAGAGUAAAAGGCGGAAAACCAGUGGAGGGGAAUUUGAUGUGGAUGAUGAUGGAUUUGUUAUGGUGUAUACAGAUGGUGCCUGCUCUUCUAAUGGGCGGAGUAGUGCCCGGGCUGGCCUCGGUGUGUACUGGGGAGACGGGCACCCUUUAAAUAUUAGUGAGCCAGUGUCAGGUAGGGCCACCAACAACUGUGGGGAGAUCCAGGCAGCUACUAAAGCUAUUAAAAUUGCACUCCAGAAUGGUGUUAAGAGACUAGCCAUAAAUACAGACUCGAAAUUCUUAAUUAAUUCUGUAACCAAAUGGAUACCAGGUUGGAAACGCAAAGGAUGGAAACUGGCUUCCGGAGAGCCUGUCAAAAACGAAAAAGACUUCAAAGACUUAGAUAGUGUACAACAUAAGCUACAGAUCAAAUGGAACUAUGUGGAGGCACACAAGGGUAUACACGGAAACGAGAUGGCAGACCAGUUGGCUAAGGAUGGAGCCUCUAUGUACAAUAAAUGAUACAACAUUCACCAGAAAUGUAACAACUGAUAUUAGUCCAUGAAAAAUCUAUUUUAGAAUAUUUAGACAGCUGAUGAAGAUGACAGUAUUAAUUCAUGAGCCUGCUGUUAUACUAUUAAAUGCUGUAUUUACCUUUCAAUAUUUAGAGGUUGUUUACUUGUGUCUACCAGUUUUGAUUGUUGAGACUGUCUAAGUUAUGAGUUUGUUAAAUGUAGUGUUAUGUAUUCAAAUGAUGUCGAAGAUGUUGAUUCAUUUAAGUAGAUUGUUUUUUUUCUUAUCACAUUACCUCCUGAUUUAAAAGUCUGAAUAAGGAAUACCAAGUCAUGAAAUGUUAUUGUGUGAGUUGUAUAUAUGUUAUAAAACUGGCUGUGCUGUUGUAAAUGAUACUGAAGUUGGUCUAAACUGGUUAUGACCACUUGUAAAUUAUACAUUUUGAAAUAAUAAAUCUUUAGUUAAAAUAAAUGGUAA